AUGGCUAAAACCAGAGUCGCACCCUUGAAAACGACAACACUACCACGACUAGAACUAUUAGCAGCACUCUUGGGAGCAAAACUAUUCCAAUUCCUAAACAAAACCUUAGAGCUUGUAAACAGCAGUGAAGUUAUAUACUGGAGUGAUUCACAAAUUGUUUUAUCUUGGUUAUCUUCCAACAAACAACCACAACAAUUCGUUCGAACUCGAGUUCACAAGAUACAAGAAAUCACAUCAUCCCAAACUUGGAGGUUUUGCCCAACGUCUAUGAACCCAGCUGACUUGAUAACCCGUGGAGUAAGCACUAUUAUAUUCAACGAUAAGAAAAAACUAUGGUUUGAGGGACCUCCAGGGCUUAGCGAACCAGAGGAACAAUGGCCUCCAUAUCCCCAAAAUUUAUUUCAUGAAGCACUUCAAAGCUUACAAAUGGAAAUUGUCACAAACGUCGCAGAUGAUCCAAAUAUACUAAACAUCAUUGACAUAACAAGAUACAGCACCCUAGUCCAUCUACUCAGAGUCACUGCCCGCGUUAUCAACUUCGCAAGAAAAUGGAGAAAAAGAAAAGUAUACAGUGAAACUUUUACAGCGAAAGAUAUCGUGGAAGGCAGGAAUGUCUUGCUGAAAGCUACUCAACAUAAAAUCUACAGACAAGAAAUUUCAUACCUGAAGAACAAAGACAAAUCCAGACAACCUGCCAUCAUACGACAAUUCGAUCUUUAUCUUGACGAUGAAGAUAUCAUACGCUGUCGUGGUAGACUACAGUAUACAGAUCUGCCUCACGACACAAAAUUUCCUAUCCUCAUACCAAAGGACAACUACUUAACUACAUUCAUCGUCCAUUCUAUGCAUAAGCAGGUCAUGCAUGGUGGAGUACGAGAAACAUUUACUCACAUCAGACAAACAUAUUGGAUACCUCAAGGUCGACAACUCGUAAAAAGAAUCAUAUCAAAGUGCGUAACAUGCAGAAAAGUCGAAGGACCACCCUUUCGCUCUGUACCCACACCACCGUUACCACAAUCAAGAGUCCAACAAUCCCUAGUAUUUCAAUUUACAGGGAUCGAUUACGCAGGACCUCUAUAUGUUCGCGACCAGACAAAUCAAACCUCAUCUAAAAUGUACAUAUGUCUUUUCACAUGUGCGGUAGUAAGAGCCAUACACCUUGAAUUAGUAGAAGAUCAGACCACCGAUGCUUUCCAUAGAACAUUCAGACGAUUCAUAAGCCGUCGAGGAGUUCCGGAGUGUAUCAUUUCAGACAAUGCAAAAACCUUCAAAGCCGGAGCUCAAGAACUUCAAACAAUCAAAACUCAAAUUCUUGGAACAGGUUCAUCCCAACAGUUCCUCGCUCAUCACAACAUAACUUGGAAAUUCAUCACUGAAAGAGCUCCGUGGUGGGGAGGAUUUUACAAGCGGCUUAUUGGUCUAAUGAAAAUAUGUUUAAAGAAAACUCUGGGGAAAGCCUGCCUAAACAUGACUGAACUAAACACAAUACUUACUGAAGUAGAAGCAGUGCUAAACAGCCGACCCUUAACAUACCCUUACACGGACAUCAAUGAUGCCUCUCCUCUGACGCCAUCACAUUUCUUAUGUGGAUACCGUCUCCUAACAUUACCAGACACGAAUGCUAAAGAAAACGAAGCAGAUCCAGACUAUAUUCCAUCUGAGAUGUCAACAAAAGCACUGAUAAAAAGAGCUCAGUAUCAGAAAACACUAAUAAACGCCUUCUGGACACGAUGGAAAACUGAAUAUCUGACAAGUCUGCGAGAACAUCACACUUGUCGAAAGAGAAUAUUAGACAAAAAGGCAGUUGCUAUUGGAGAUGUUGUUCUCAUACAUGAUAACACACCACGAAACCAAUGGAAAAUAGGUGUGGUAACUAGCCUACACACGGGGAAAGAUGGACUCGCAAGAUCUGUAUCUCUAAGAGUACCUUCUGGAAAGGAACUAUCACGACCUAUAGAGAAACUUUAUCCGUUAGAGAUGUCAGACAUACCGACUAACAAAAACAUAGAAAAAGCUCCUGAAAAUGAUAUACAACGGUCCUCCUUUAUGAAUUGCCGCUCAGAAGGCAGCACAGAGAAUCGAGGAACAAAUAGAAUAACCACUGAUAUUGAAGGGAACAAUAUAAGACAUUUUUUUUUACUCUUUACACAUAACUGUAUACUAUAUUUUCAGCUUAUGUUGUCGGCCCGGGAGAGUGUCAUAAAUUAUGAAAUUUAA